UAUCUGACCUUUCAAGUGACCAGUAUGGAACACACCUCCUUAUCAGCAUGUACAAUUAUCCCUUAAAUAUUAUGGCACACUUUUAACCACACACGCAGAACAUUUAUGAUACGUUUAUGUGUGAAAAGUGGGUUUGACUCAGUUUUUUUUAGUCAGUAUUACGAGUUAAUUUAACGCGGAUAAAGCGGAACUUUACUCUUACCGCGGCGUCGUACGGACACUUUCAUGGACGGACCAAACCUAGCAGCAGCUGAAAAUGAUAACCGACUUGAUUAGUUUUUUAAAACGAAUUAGUAACGUGUCUAUUUGAAAGUGGUUUAAAGUGAAAACCGGAGCUAACCCUUAAUAUGUGGAGGAAAGGCUCGUCUGAAGGCUCCGACCGGUUUGAAUAUUUACAAACUCUGGUGACUGAAUUUCAGGACACCGACAGUGAAGAGGCGAAGGAGCAAGUACUGGCUAACUUGGCCAACUUUGCAUAUGACCCAAAGAACAUGGAGUAUCUGCGGACUCUGCAAGUGACCGACCUUUUCUUGGACAUGUUGACUGAGGAGAAUGAGAACUUUGUGGAGUUUGGGAUGGGGGGGUUGUGUAACCUCAGUAUGGACCCUGAGUGCAAAGACAUCAUCCUGCAGAGCGGCGGCAUCAGCUUAGUCACCAACUGUCUGUCAAGCCGGAGGGAAGAGACCGUCCUGUCGGCCAUUACUACGCUCAUGAACCUCACAACGCCGUCGUCUCGCCCUGAGAUCACUGACCCGGCCAUCCUACAGUGCAUGCUGCGCUUCUCCCUCUCAGAGAGCCCCCGCCUGCGCAACCUGGCCACUGUGUUCCUGCAGGACUGCUGCAGCGAGGAGCAGGUGAGCAGAGCAGAGCAGCAGAUGCAGGGACAGCAGACGGCAGUGGGAAUCCCGCUGCCCCAGGACAGCUGAGGCAUUCAUGUGGGAGACUGUUGAGAUGUUUGCUCUCUGUGAGAGUGUAGGGAGGUCUUAUAGUGUAUGGCCAUUUUUUGCCUAAUGUUUAGGGCAAUGUUUAGACAUUUUCAAUAUCUGUAUUGAUACCAGUACCUUGACUUUGAUACCAAUUCUUAACGAUACUUUUGCCAAUACCGAUUUCAUCAAAUCCGUUUUAACAAAAAGAAAAUUACCACACGCUUUAUGGUUUAAGCUCGGUCUCUUUAGACACCCAAUCACCAGUAUUAUUAGAGCUCGGUCCCAGCAUGCUGAUUGGCUCACUGACAAGAUUUACUCAUUUACUCCUAAGGUUGAAAUUUGGUAUCGAAUGAUGAGGCCGUUUUCGACGUUGGACACCCAGCCCUAUGAAUGUUGCAGUCAGUGUUUGGGAUCCCUGUAAUGUUACAUUUAAAAGUCAGAAAGUGUAAAACAUGCUCAAGUGUAGUGAGGUGGGAGCAGCUAUGACAAGAAUCUGGUCACAAUCUGUCAGCUGAACUGGGGCAACGUCAUAAUUCAUGUGAUUCAGUGACGCCUGCAGCCUGACGGAUGAUCUUUGUCUUUUGCAUUUCUAACUCCCUUUUUAAAUAUAGAUUUAACUCAGUUACCAGCUGCUAUUCAGCAUUUUCCAUAUAAGUGCAUGUCUGAGCAGAUGGCUGAGUUUAAUUGUUGUUCCUUUUCUCACCACAUGAGGGAGACUGGAUAGUUUGUUAGACUGAAGGGUUCUUUUGGGCUAUUGACAGCGUACUAACAGCACAAAAACAUCAAAUUUUUAUUGAUUUCCAAACAAUUUGGCAAAAAAACAUCUUAAAUGUUCAAAGAAGUGACUAAAUCCUGCUUAUAAAAACAGACUCACCCUCUGCAGUAUUAAUAUCGCUACAUUUUUCCCCCCCAAAAAAAUCUACAUUCCUUUGGCUUUCAAGUGAUUUCCUCAGACCUGGGCCGAUGCUGCAGCAUGUCAGAGCCAAGCGGUUGACUCUUGCACUUGGCACUCUCUUUAAGAAUACCAUGUCCUGAAACGUUAAAUUCAAACCCAAAAUAUGUAAAAUUAAAAAAAAAUGUAAAGUAAACCUUGAGGUUCCUCUGUAAGAGCCAGCAGGGCCGUUUGUUUUCUUCUGGGCUAUUUCUGGGCCGAGUCCUUCAGGUCUAGACAGAAGCCGACAUCUGAUCCUGCAGCCCUGCACUCAGGUGGACUGCACAUGUAGCCCAUUCAGACUCUAGAGGAAAUUCUUUACAGCUCUGAGUGUGUGUGUGUGUGU